CUUUGCUAGCCUGGCCAGAGCAGGAGGACUAGCAGGAGAGGGGGCCAGCAGGCAAGGGGGACUGGUGAGGGGGCUUGGGGGCCCCCAGGCCCUGUGGGCUUAGGGACAAUUGCCCCCCCUUGUCCAACGGGCCCUAUGCCCCUGUGUCCUGCCUUGUCCUUGGUUGCUGGCAAGACUGGUCUGCGGGAUCUCUGAGAGUUCUGAGGGAGCAGAGCUUUCUAGCUGAGCUCUUUUAUGUCCCUUGGCCCCAACUACCUUUCUUAGGCUCCACCCCUCUGCUACAGAGGGUGGAUCCUUUAUGGGGCAGCCCCCUGGGCCUGGAGCAGAAGUGUCUGCUAUCUCACCGCUGCCUCUGAGUUCCCUUCAUCAGCAAGCAGGCACAGAAAGGUGAGAGUCUCCUGAUACAUCUGAGUCCAACCCCUUGGGCUGUUCCUCUAAGUCAUUCAAGCUGUACUCUCCAAAGGAGCCCCCAAACGGCAACGCCUUCCCCCCCUUCCACCCGGGCACUAUGCUGGAUCGAGAUGUGGGACCGACUCCUAUGUAUCCACCAACAUACCUGGAGCCAGGGAUUGGGAGGCACACACCAUAUGGCAACCAGACUGACUACAGGAUAUUUGAACUCAAUAAGCGGCUGCAGAACUGGACAGAGGUACAGUGCUGUGGGUGCAGGGCAGCUGGAUUGGAGAAGGAAUGUGACAAUCUGUGGUGGGAUGCUUUCACCACUGAAUUCUUUGAGGACGAUGCCAUGUUAACAAUCACCUUCUGUCUGGAAGAUGGACCAAAGAGAUACACAAUUGGCCGCACCCUGAUCCCCCGCUACUUCCGCAGCAUCUUUGAAGGGGGUGCUACUGAGCUAUACUAUGUCCUGAAGCAUCCGAAGGAGUCCUUCCACAACAACUUUGUCUCGCUUGACUGUGACCAGUGCACCAUGGUUACCCAGCAUGGCAAACCCAUGUUCACCCAGGUGUGCGUGGAGGGCCGCCUCUACCUGGAGUUCAUGUUUGAUGACAUGAUGAGGAUAAAGACGUGGCACUUCAGCAUCCGGCAGCAUCGGGAACUCAUUCCCCGCAGCAUCCUCGCUAUGCAUGCGCAAGACCCCCAGAUGCUAGACCAGUUGUCCAAGAAUAUCACCCGUUGUGGACUUUCAAACUCCACACUCAACUACCUCCGACUAUGUGUAAUCCUAGAACCAAUGCAGGAGUUGAUGUCGCGGCACAAGACCUACAGCCUCAGUCCUCGUGACUGCCUCAAGACAUGCCUCUUCCAGAAGUGGCAGCGGAUGGUGGCGCCCCCUGCUGAACCUGCACGUCAGCAGCCCAGCAAGCGCCGGAAAAGGAAGAUGUCCGGAGGCAGCACCAUGAGCUCUGGUGGCGGCAACACCAACAACAGCAACAGCAAGAAGAAAAGCCCAGCCAGCACCUUCGCCCUCUCCAGUCAGGUACCUGAUGUGAUGGUGGUGGGCGAGCCGACCCUGAUGGGCGGGGAAUUUGGUGACGAGGAUGAGCGCCUUAUCACACGGCUGGAGAACACACAGUUCGACGCUGCCAAUGGCAUUGACGACGAGGACAGCUUCAACAACUCUCCCGCACUGGGCGCCAACAGCCCCUGGAACAGCAAGCCCCCCUCCAGUCAAGAGAGCAAGUCUGAGAAUCCGACGUCGCAAGCAUCGCAGUAAAGUCCCUACCCACGGCCCAGCCUGGCCAGUACCUGACUGGGCUGGUGCCCCCACGGACUGAGUCGAAACCGUUCUACCUGGACAUUUGUGAAGAAGAGUGGCUGGCUGGCUGGCUGGCGAGGUAUCGGGGCCGAUGGGCACUGCAGCCCCAGCCUGCCCACUUACCUGCCUCCAGUUGGCCUGACCACCACUCCCUGCUGUCUGCACUCUUGGCUGGGCCCUGUAGGGCAGACUUGGGGCACUGGGCCCGUUGGAGCCUUGAUCUCGUGGUUGCCCAGCAGAAUUUUAAUUCCUUCUCCCUCCUCACCCAUGCCUCCCUGGACACCAUGAACGACACUCCUGUGGGAUGGUGUCCCAUUUUCAUUAUGCAGCCCCUCAGAGCCUGACAGCUUGGCCUGGUUGGCAGGGAACACCUCGGGAGGAGGGAGGGAGGGGCUGGAGAGUUUGACUGAAUGUCUGCCUGGGCCCAUUUUAUCAGCCCAGUUCUAUAUUUGGCCUCAAGGGGGCUCCCUUCCAGCAGGAGAGCCUGCCAGCAUCCUGUAGACAACUCUAUGACUCACACUGGGAGCAGCUAGGAUUUCGUGGGAUGGGUCUCAAGCAGUCCCUCCUGGCUGCCGUAGAUGUGGUAGUGCAAUGACUCCUGCUUGCUCUGAAGAGCCCAGAAAACCAAUGUGGGAGGGGGUGGAGUGGAGAUUUAACACCUCCUGGAAUGUGGUUCGAAAACCAUCCUGCAACAGCAUGGAACGGGCACAGUAUCCCUUUCAAUCUGAUCUUUGGGGCUUAGGACCAGCCCUCUGCCUAGCCUGGCCCUACCGAAAACUGCAAUCCUGACCCCUCCCAAUACUUUGGGUUUUUUAAAAAAAGAAAAAAAUAUUAUUAAAAUUGUAACUUUAAAUAAUAAUAAUAAUAAAAAAAUCUGCCCUCCCUCCCUAUUUUUCCCCAAUCCUGAUUUUUGUACAGGCUUGUCUACCAAUUGGGAGUCUUGGUUUUUAUAUACAGUUCUGAGAGCUUCAAACCAAGGAGAGACUUUGCAGACUUCCUUUAUACAUCUUUUUGAGGACAGCAUGGCUGCCCCACUUUGCCCCUCUGUGUAACUCGUGUGUGCUGCUGUCCCUACUUCCCACCCACCCCCACCCCAUCCCCUUCGGGUUUGUGUACCUCGUGCUUGUAUAUUUCCGCGCUGUAGGCCGUGUGUAUGAUACUGUUCUUUCACUGUGUUCUCACUAAUGCAGCCGCCCCCAACAGUGGUCGGGGGAGUUCAUCAUGAUGGGCGUCCUUCCUGGGAAGCAGGAGAGCUCAGAGGGUACUGUCACCAAUUUACAGCAGUGCAGAAAGUGUGGAACAGGACUGGCAACGGAAUCCCUUAUGGAACAUGGCCUGGGGAUGGAAACGGUCUGUGUUUUGUAAAAGGGGCAGCGGGGUGGUCAUUUCCUCCAUGCCAGAGCGAUGCUCUAGACAACUGUUUGGCAUAUGGAUUCAUUCUUUUUUGCAGAGAGUGACGGGGCUUGCAAGGUCCCCAAGCAAAGAGGACCUGUUGUCCUAACCCCCUUAUGUUUGGGUGUCACUCCUCCUCUCUCACCGGUGUUCCCUACUCCCGUUUUGUCGUGUGAGCUCUGGAAGGAGGAUUCGUACUAUGUCAUGGCGGCCUCAAAGGAGGCUUGGUUUUUUCCAUUUUGAGAGAGGAGUACAGAGUGGCAUAAAGUGUUUCUGUCACCUCCUGGCAUGGCCUUGUUGGGGGAGGCGGCAUUUACAGGGCACAGUCUUCGCCAUCAUGGCAGCCAUCCCUCCACCUUACUGAGGAGUUUUGUCCAAGCUGACCCCCCAAGGUUCUUCUCCUUCGCACAGGGGUUCUCCAUCUUUGGUCCCCAUAUGCUUUUGGACUACAGCCCCCAUCAUCCCUUGCCAUGAUGGCCUUCCAGUGUUGCUGGGGGCAAUGGGAGUUAUAGUCCAACAUCAUCUGGGGACCCAAGUUGGAGAACCCCAGCCUUCACAGGAUUCUUGCCAUCAACUUGCCUGAGAGCAGUCGUUGCUCCAAGGUGGUUUCUGCAGCCAUGGGGCAUGGCUUUCCAUCUGAGUCAUGCGCUGGAAUCCCAGAAUGUAUCCUCUUCCCUUGGAGGAGCCCAGCUGGGUCAGCCUGCAGCAUGGUCCAUGGGGGGUGGGGUGGGGGCAGUCACUUAUCUUCCUGGGUCCCAGAUGCUCUCUGCUGCUCUGCCCCCAGGGAGCAGGCAGUACAAUGGCCAGAACUCUCAACUUGCAGGGCAUCUUCUGUAUCCUUUUUGUACCUAAAAGAUACGAGUGUCACGUCCCCCAUUGCUGUGGCUCGGCAUGAACUGGUGACGUGUACUCCAUCCCCUCUCCCCAACCUUUGCCCUUCCCACCCACCACCUCCCCCGGGGCACUGUAAAGCCUUUUUUUGUUUUGUUUUUUUGGGUUUUUUUUUUUUUUUGCAUAGUUUGUGCCAUUUAUGGUCAUGUAUGGUACCAAUAAAACAACUUUUCGGUU